AUGAAAACUGUUGUUGAACGGGCCCGACACCUCUUAGAUGGUUGGAGAACCGCCCAAGAAGUCAUAUCACACAAAGCUACAGACAUCCUUGCUAAGCCGAAUAGUGUUAUUCAUGGUCCUGUCAUCAAGUGGACGCAGCCGGUAUAUGGUAAGUACAAAUAUAAUAUUGAUGCCUCCUUUUCUGACCCUCUGAAUAUGGUAGAUAUUGGCAUAUGCAUCCGUGAUGAUCAGGGUGAUUUUGUCAUGGCUAAGACAGAUUGUUUCUCUCCUCUUUGUGAUGUUGAUGUUGGCGAGGCUGUUGGACUUCACACGGCACUACAAUGGGUGACUGAUCUUCAUUAUGACAAUGUUGAUUUUGUUUUGGAUUGCAAGUUUGUUGUUGAACAUUUUAAUUCAAACCUAGGUGAUAGUAGUGAACUAGGUUGUAUCAUUCAGGCUUGUAGACAGUUGUUCGAUUGUAAUUUUCAGAACUCUCAUGUCGAGUUCAAUAGGAGGCAAGCUAAUGGGGUCGCUCAUGAAUUAGCUAGGGUAGCCCCAUCUCAUGCUAGCUCUCACGUUUAUGAUGAUGUACCGUCAUGUAUUCGAGACUUGAUAGCUAAUGAAAAGCAAUGA